GCUUGGACCUCGGUGACGGAGGAGAGGGGAGGUGUUGUGCUGCUCUUCCUGGUGAUGAAGAUCGGCUGUCUCCUGCAAGCUCGCAGCACUGGCUAAAACGGUGGGGGACUGGAGGAGGCUUCGAUGUCUGUGAUGGAUCCGCAGAGCGUUUCUUUUACGCCGCGCGACGAACUGUGGCGCUUCCACACAGACAUGCUUCGCGUACAGCAAACCCAAGCCGAGCACGCCGAUCGGCUGGCUCGCUUGGAGAGACGCCAGGAUGAUGAUGCCCGGAUGAAGUCUGUUUGGGGCACUUCCUCUCCGUUCCCUACUGUCUUGGGCGGCACACCCCAACAAGUUCCUAUGCACCAGCCUACUCCGGACGUCUUCUCCAACUUUGA